AGUUUGUCGUCUGGUGAGGAAAAUUAGAAACCUGUCUGCCUGCGUUGCGUUGUGCCGUGUUCGCGUUGCCUUACGUUAUUUCUUUGCAAGGCAGAUAUGGCUUUCGUUACCCACCACAUAAUCAGGACGAUAACAUCAUCUUCGGCCCGAAAUGCAGCAAUUAAACACGUAACUAUUAUUGGAGGUGGACAAAUGGGCGCAGGUAUUGCACAGGUGGCAGCUACAACAGGGCAUACAGUUGUGUUGGUGGAUACAUCUGAGGACAUCUUGAAGAAAUCUGCUAAAGGAAUUGAGGGCAGUCUGAAAAGAGUGGUCAAGAAGAAGUUUGCAGAUAAGCCAGAGGCUGGGGAGGAGUUCAUUCAGAAGAUUAUGAAGAAUGUGUCAACAUCAACAGAUGCCAACUCAGUCGUCCAGAACACUGACCUGGUCAUAGAGGCCAUUGUGGAGAACCUUCAAAUCAAGCAGGGUCUCUUUGGUGCUCUGGACAAAGUAGCACCCCAACACACAAUCUUUGCCAGCAACACAUCCUCUCUUCCCAUCACGGAUAUUGCGAGCUCGACGGCAAGGCUGGAUCGGUUUGGAGGCAUUCACUUCUUCAACCCUGUGCCUAUGAUGAAACUUGUGGAGGUGAUCAAAACUCAGUCAACAAGUCAGGAAACCUAUGAGGCUUUGAUGGCUUUCAGCAAAGCACUUGGCAAGCAUCCUGUGACAUGCAAAGACACCCCAGGAUUCAUUGUCAACCGCCUGCUAGUGCCUUACAUGAUGGAAGCUAUCCGACUGUAUGAGAGAGGUGAUGGAUCAAAAGAGGACAUAGAUGUUGCCAUGAAACUGGGUGCUGGCUAUCCCAUGGGACCUUUUGAGUUGCUCGACUAUGUGGGGCUGGACACGGCAAAGUUCAUUAUUGAUGGUUGGUGUGCAAUGGAACCAAACAACCCCCUCUUUGCCCCAAGCCCCAUGUUGAACAAAUUGGUGGCUGAGGGCAAGUUUGGUAAGAAGACUGGAGAGGGAUUCUACAAGUACAAGUAACAACCCAGCGUCCUUUACAACUGAUAGCUGUCUACAGCAAGUAGGCUACAGCAAGAGAAAUGGGGAACCUCAGGUUAAAAAAAACGGACACUAAUAGAAUAACUUUAACAUAACUCCUGUGCCUUACAGAACAACAAAAGCCUUGUCAUUUGUGAGUCGGUCUCUGUGUUUGCCUAUACACCUUUCAGUGAUAUGAAUGCAUGAAAUGGCAUUAAAACAUUUUGUGAAAAUA